AAAAAAAAAAAAAUUUGCCCAGGCUGGGGUUGAAGCUGGGAUGCUCCUGCCUCAGCUGGCCGAGUGUUGGACCCCUGGGUGAGCCCCGCCAUCCCUGGUCUCUUUUUUUUUGGUGCCGGAGAUCGAACUUGGGUCCUUGGGCUUGUGAGGCAGGCAGAGGAACCACUGAACUAAAUCCCGGGCCCUGUCCUUGGUUUCUGUCUAAUGCUGUUGCAUUAGGAAUUGUGUUGGGCUGGGGAUUUAGCUCAGUGGUGCCACCACCUGCCUUGAAAGCAGAAGGACCCAAGUUGGAUCCCCAGUGCCAAAAGAAAAAAAAAAAAGAGGAAUUGUGUUGUUUGGUUGUGGUUGCUUUGCUUUGCUUUUUUGAGGCAGGGUCUCACCAUGUAGCCCAGGCUGGCCUUGGCAGUGACCCUCCUGCCUCAGCCUACAGGCGUGCGCCACCAUGGCUGGCUUGGUUUGGGGCAGAGCAGGUGCCCUCGCCCUCUGGCAGACGCUCACAGCUGAGCCCCCAUGUGCAGUCAGAGCCACGUGUGGCCCCCAGGGGCCCGGAGGACAGCGAAAGUCAGGGGGUGAGGACAGACAGUGACCACAGUAGAGCAGGAUGCAGGGUGGGGGAGCUGUGAGGGAUGUGCGUGUGCACACGUGUGCAAAGGGUGUUGCAGUGUGAGCACUGCCUUGAGACCACAGCACUUGGGAGGCUGAGGCAGGAGGAUGGUGAGUUUGAGCCAGCCUGGGCAGGUUAGUGACUUAGCAGGACCUUGGCUCAAAGCAAGAACAAGAAGGGGCGGGAUUGGCUCAGCACAGGGCCUGGCUCCUGCCCGCGUGGGGCGGGGCAGCUGAAUGGAGGGUCUCCCUGGGUGUGGAGCUCGUGUGGGCGCGGGGCUGCGUGACUGCCUGAGGACCAGGUGUCUUCGGGCCCUGUGCCCUCUGGGGUGACAGCCUGGCGGCACCGCACACUGUCUCAGGCUGGCUGGUGGGCUCGAGAGCGAGGGCCGCAAGCAGGGAGGGGAGUGAGGAGGAAGCCGGCCUUUCCAGACUUCCAGCCUCCCUGACUCAGUUUCCCCGGCAGCUGACAUCUUCACACUGCCCAGGCGCUUCCUCCCGGUCCCGACCCCGACGAGGACCCAGGCCCGGGACCCAGGCCGCUGUCUGCUCACAGCUGGCGUGCGGGGGUGGCUCAAGCAGCACUGAGUUUUUCAAAACAAGCUGUGCCUGGUGUCCCACGCCUGGAAUAAUCAAGGCACUCUGGGAGGCUGAGGCAGGAGGGUCACAAGCUCAGCCCAGCCCAGGGGAGCUAGCCAGUCCCUGUGUCAAGAUUUUUGAAAAGGGGGUGGGGCUGUACUCAGUGUGAGGGCCCAGGGUCCAAACCCCAAUGCUGCAAAGCAGACACCAAAACCCCACGCACACUAUGUGGCUGGGCCUCCUCUUCUGCAUCGGGGCGGGAUGGGGCCGGGCGGAGCAGCCCUCCCUGCUUGUCCCUGGUCCCUCAUGGUGCCAUGCUCAGAACGAGCCUGGUGGCAACAAAGGCGGGAGGGGUUGCUGCCCUGGCCAGCGGCAGUGGGCAGUGGGUUUGGGGCGCUAAGGGCCUUGGGCGCAGGCGCUGCUCGAUGGGUGGAGACACAGCCUGGGCCAUUGGUGUAGCGACCUGGGGGCAGGGGGGGCCGAGGCUCUGUCCCUGCCUGAGCUGGUGCCAGCCCUUGUUUGGAGUUAGGGCAUCACUAUGGAGCCCAGGCUGGCCCGGAACUCGGGAUCCUCCUGCCCCAGCCUCCCGGGUGCUGGGAUCAUGACAGGCGCUUCUCCUCUGUGGUGUGCCGCUCUCACCCACUGCCCCAGUUGAUGGACGAGGAAAACGUUGGGCCAAACACUGGGCAGGCCUGCUCAGACCAUCCAGGCCACCAGAAAGUGACUGCGCCACUCGGGCCAGCAAGGCCAAGGGAGGCCGAUGCCUCGGCCAUGUCCGGAGGGCAGAGUGGGCACCAAGGCCGAGACCACCCCAGGACUGGGGACUUGGGGGUGGCGCUUCUCUGUGCCCCCUCGCUUCCCCAUAGGCCUCAACACCGCCUCCGCCCAGGAGCCCGAGGACUGGGUGACAGGAGGCCCCGGGCCCAGCUGCAGCCUCCACUUCUCCUGGGCUCAGGCUGCAGAGCGGCUUCUGCCUGUUCUCCCCUCCGAGGCCGGGCCCCAUGAGCCCCCACGGCUGGCCGAAAGGCAGCAGAGAGCAGCAGCCCAGCCUCUCGCCCAGGUCACCCACCUGGCCGAAGCCAUCUGGAGAGAGGUCUCACAGGACCUUGAGCCCCAAAUGAAGGGACGUGGACACUGCCUGCGCUGCGCAGAGCCGGAAAAAAGAGAAAGAACUACUAUGCGGCCUAACCCAGGCAGGUGGGCGUGGAGACUGGUGCUGACACCCCCAUCUUAUACCCCUGUCCAUCGGUCCUGCCCUCCAGCCUGGUGCCCACCCCUGCCCAAGGGCCACAUUCCCAAGUGCAAUAAAGGAAGCCACAGGCAGCUGCUGCUCUGCACGCUUCCCGCCUUCUGCCUGAACACCCUGCUGGGAGCAGGGCUGGUGGGGACAGUGCUGCCUGGCCCCUGACCGCAGGAGGCGGAGGUGCAGCCCUGGCCCACGGGCUCCCAGGGCCCCUCUCAGGGCCUGGACUGUGUUGUGGGUGCUGGACACUCCUGACCUGGCUCACUGUCCCUGCACGUCCUGUGGCCAGGGCUAUUUCCUGUCAG